UAAAAAUAAAGAUAAAGGUUAUAAAUUAAAUAUUGUCAAGUUAAAAUCACGUGGAGACAUUUAUUGCUAUUAUUAAAAUAAAUAAAUAAAUUUGAAUUAUAUUUCUAAUUAAAUAAAAAUAAUAAAAUGAUUAAAUUACCAGAAAGUAAAAAUACUGAAGCAAAAUCAUCAAAACGUCGUCAUGAUAGUGAAAGUUUAAUGGAGGUGGAUACUGUCAAUGGUAUUGAGGGCAAAGUUAAAAAUAAAAGUUCAACAAAACGAGCUAAAAAUGUUGGAGGUAAUGAGCAACGUAAAGUUGCAGUACCGGCACAUCGUUACACUCCACUAAAAGAAAACUGGGAAAAAAUCUUCACUCCCGUAGUAGAACACCUGAACCUACAAAUUAGGUUCAAUUUAAAAACUCGCAACGUUGAAUUGCGAACAGGUCCAACUACGUCAGACAUUUCAAAUCUGCAGAAAGGCGCAGACUUUGUUAAAGCUUUUGUUCUGGGAUUCGAAGUUGAGGAUGCACUUGCCUUGUUAAGGCUCGACGAUCUUUUUGUUGAGACUUUCGAGGUCCAGGAUGUCAAGCCUUUGAAGGGCGACCACUUGUCCCGAGCGAUCGGUCGUCUAGCUGGUAAGGGCGGUCGCACAAAGUUUACUAUCGAGAACGUAACACGCACACGUGUUGUCCUAGCAGAUCAUAAAAUUCAUAUCCUGGGAUCCUUUCAAAAUAUUCAAAUAGCCAGACGUGCUAUUUGUAAUUUGAUUCUCGGUAGCCCCCCUUCAAAAGUUUACGGACAAUUGCGCAAUAUUUCCUCUCGUAUUUCCGAACGUUUUUGAUGUAUUUAUUAUAAUAAAUAACUUUUAUAAUUUA